UUCCUCCCAUACCCCCACCCUUUUUCAAGGUACCCUUUCAAAAUAACUAAAUGCUUUUUCUUGUUAGGAACCAUGUGCUAACACAGGAUGGAACAGAGAAAUGGAAGUUCUUUCACUGGAUUUAUCCUGCUGGGUUUCUCUGACAGGCCUCAACUGGAGCAGGUCCUCUUUGUGGUUCUUUUGAUCUUCUACGUUUUCACUUUGCUAGCAAACACAACUAUCAUUGCAUUGUCCCAUGUGGACCCACAUCUUCACACCCCUAUGUACUUUUUCCUCUCCAACCUAAGCUUUGUGGACCUGUGCUAUACUACCAGCAUUGUCCCCCAGCUCCUGGUUAAUCUCAGAGGAUCAGACAAAUCCAUCUCCUUUGGUGGUUGUGUGGUUCAGCUCUACAUCUCUUUGGGUUUGGGAUGUACAGAAUGCAUCCUCCUAGGAGUUAUGGCACUUGACCGCUAUGCAGCUGUUUGCAAGCCCCUUCACUACACAGUAAUCAUGCACCCCCGUCUCUGUGCCCUGAUGGCUUCUGGUUCAUGGAUCAUUGGUUUUGCCAACUCCGUAUUGCAGACAGUGCUCAUCUUCCUUUUACCACUCUGUGGGAGAAAUGAAUUAGACCACUUCUUUUGUGAGAUCCCUCCUUUGCUCAAGCUUGCCUGUAUAGACACUACUACGAAUGAGUCUGAGACCUUCUUUGUCAGUGUCAUCAUUCUUCUUGUACCUGUUGCAUUAAUCACGUUCUCCUACAGUCAGAUUGUGAGGGCCGUCUUAAGAAUAAAGUCUUCUGCAGGGCAGAGAAAAGCAUUUGGGACCUGUGGAUCCCACCUGACAGUGGUCUCCUUGUUCUAUGGCUCAGCCCUCUAUGCAUAUCUUCAUCCCAGCAGCAAUGACUCCCAGGAUCGGGGCAAGUUCAUAUCUCUCUUCUACACCAUCAUUACCCCCAUGAUCAAUCCCCUGAUAUAUACACUGCGCAACAAGGAAGUGAAGGGAGCAAUGAGGAGGGUGCUUUGGAAGGACUCUGCCUCCAGAUGA